UUGCUGAAAACACUAUGAAUGAGCUCCUUGGCUGGUAUGGUUAUGAUAAGGUAGAACUGAAAGAUGGAGAAGAUAUUGAAUUCAGGAACUACUCAGCAGAUGGGGAAAGCCGCCAGCACAUUUCUGUUCUCAAAGAAAAUUCUUUGCCAAAACCAAAAUUACCUGAGGACAGUGUUAUUUCACCGUACAAUAUAAACCCAAGCUACCCAGGGCUUGCUACAGGAAAUGGACUAUCAGACUCACCAGCAGGGUCGAAGGAUCAUGGGAAUGUACCUAUUAUUGUCCCAUUAAUUCCACCACCUUUCAUAAAGCCACCAGCAGAAGAUGAUGUGUCAAAUGUACAAAUAAUGUGUGCCUGGUGCCAGAAAGUUGGAAUCAAGCGCUAUUCCCUGAGUAUGGGAAGUGAAGUGAAAUGCUUCUGCAGCGAGAAGUGCUUUGCAGCUUGCCGAAGAGCAUAUUUCAAGAGAAACAAGGCUAGAGAUGAAGAUGGACAUGCUGAAAAUUUUCCCCAGCAGCACUAUGCUAAGGAAACUCCAAGACUUGCCUUCAAGAAUAACUGCGAACUACUUGUAUGUGACUGGUGUAAGCACAUAAGACACACAAAAGAGUAUCUGGAUUUUGGGGACGGGGAAAGAAGGCUUCAGUUCUGCAGUGCAAAAUGUCUCAAUCAGUACAAAAUGGACAUUUUCUACAAAGAGACACAGGCCAAUCUUCCAGCUGGACUGUGCAGUACAUUACAUCCUCCAGUCGAAAAUAAAGCAGAAGGCACUGGGGUGCAGCUGCUUACUCCAGAUUCUUGGAAUAUACCGCUAGCAGAUGCUCGGAGAAAAGCCCCAUCCCCAGCGUCUGCAGCUGGCCAAAUUCAAGGCCCUGGACCAUCAGCGUCUACCACUGCCUCUCCGUCUGACACUGCCAACUGCUCUGUCACUAAAAUCCCCACGCCAGUUCCCAAACCUAUUCCCAUCAGUGAGAAUCCAAAUAUUCCACCAGUUUCUGUCCAGCCACCUGCUAGCAUUGUGCCUCCAAUUGGUGUCCCACCUCGCAGUCCUCCCAUGGUGAUGACAAACCGUGGGCCAGUUCCUCUGCCCAUAUUCAUGGAACAGCAAAUUAUGCAGCAAAUCCGUCCACCAUUUAUUCGCGGGCCACCUCACCAUGCCUCGAAUCCUAACAGCCCUCUGUCAAAUCCAAUGAUUCCUGGAAUCGGUCCCCCACCAGGUGGUCCCAGAAAUAUGGGUCCCACCUCUAGCCCCAUGCACAGGCCGAUGCUGUCCCCCCAUAUCCAUCCCCCCACAACACCUACCAUGCCUGGGAAUCCUCCUGGCUUGUUGCCGCCUCCCCCUCCCGGAGCUCCUUUGCCCAGUCUUCCCUUCCCCCCUGUCAGCAUGAUGCCAAAUGGUCCUAUGCCUAUGCCACAGAUGAUGAACUUUGGAUUGCCAUCCCUUGCCCCACUGGUGCCACCCCCAACUCUACUAGUGCCAUAUCCUGUCAUUGUCCCUUUGCCCGUUCCCAUCCCCAUCCCCAUCCCCAUCCCUCACAUCAACGACUCCAAACCCCCCAACGGCUUCUCCAGCAACGGCGAAAGCUUCAUUCCGAGUACCUCCAGCGAGACGCCUGGGGCAAAGCCAACCAAUAGCUCUUCGUCCCCUCGAGAGUCAAAGCAAGGAUCAUCCAAAUCCUCUGACUCAUCACCGAGCUGCUCAGGCCAGUCCCUUAAUCAAUCUAAAGUGCUUCAGGAGCACAGUAAAAAUGAAGUUGUUGAUUUGACUGUCAGACCUAGUAGUCCAGUGAACAGUAAAUUUGGUUUCCCCAGUGUGCUACAGGGUCCACAGGAUGGUGUGAUAGACCUAACAGUAGGCCACCGGUCUAGGCUGCACAAUGUCAUCCACAGGGCUCUGCACGCCCAAGUGAAAGUUGAACGUGAACCUAACAGUGUUGUAAAUUUGGCUUUUGGUAGCUCAGACAAAAGGAACUGCAGCGACUGUAGGGACAGCUGCAGCCCAGUUGACUCAAAAACGUUACCGUGCAGUGACGGAGCUCACUGCUGUCCCGUCUCCUUGGCCUCUGGCACGCCAGGACUGGAAGCUGGCGCAGCGGUGUGCAACGUCAUUGUGAAUGGCACAAAGAGCACGGAGGGUUCCAAGAACCCGGAGCCGCCCCAGGAGCCGAAAAAGCCCCAGCCCCCGGAGGAGCUGGCGGUGAGCGAGCUGGAGUCCGUUAAGGAGAACAACUGUGCGUCAAACUGCCACCUUGAGGGAGAUGCUGGCAAGAAGACUGGGGAAGAGCCCCUGGCUGCGGGAGACAAACAGGACCCGAACCUUAACAAUCCAGCAGACGAGGACCAUGCGUAUGCUUUGAGGAUGCUGCCCAAGACAGGUUGUGUGAUCCAGCCUGUGCCAAAACCAGCAGAAAAGACUGCUAUUGCGCCGUGCAUUAUCUCAACGCCAAUACUCAGCACAGGGCCAGAGGAUCUGGAGCCACCAUUGAAAAGGAGGUGUCUCCGAAUUCGAAAUCAGAAUAAGUAAAGGUCACCUGCUGAGUCUCUCCUGUCUAUUUUUAGGUCCCAUAAAGGAGCGCUCGCUGACAGGGUACCUUGCAUGGAGAAAGGGAGCAGAGCAAACCACGUCACUCCACCGAAUGACACCAGCUGGUCCGCUCACCACCCCCUCUGGCUGAAAGUUCAGCAAAGAAAGCAGCUUCCUGUCAUGAAGCCCCUCCGAGGAAGUCUCGGUCCCACGGGUGCCUUUGACCCAGAAGACAGCACAUCAUCAAUCCACACAGUGUGCUCAGCAUUCCUGCGACCACCCCUCUUCUCCUCUUGGAACGCUUUUUCCUCUUGGUUUCUUGCUGGUGGGGAUUUUUCACCCGGGUUUCAAAAACCACACGGACCAACAUAGGUACUUUUCCCUCACUGACUUCGAAGUUCAGAUAUUUGAGACUGGGCAAUGAUACGGAUUUUUUUUUAAAUUUUUUUUUUUUCCUUUGAAAAACUGCUGUGGUUUUGCUGCUACACUAAGAAUCGUGAUUUGCAUUGUAUGGUUUUGGACCUAUUCAAGUUUUGAUGGGGGAAAGGGGUAAUACUGGAGUAGCAACGCUUCAGAGUCAUCUCUGUCCUACCCAUGAUGCACUUUUAAAUGAAGAGUUAGAAUAUUUUAUUGGCUAAUAUACUUUCCUUGUUAUUUUUACAAAGGCCACCUUUAUCCUUUCUAAUGCCAUAUUUUCAGUGUUACACUUUUAUGGCUUUUAAUUUUUGAUUUGACAGAUGUAAGAAGCAGCAUGAAUAGUUUAUACUGUGGUUUUUCAGAGACUGAAUGCCAAGAGAACUCAGUAAAUGUUUAUUCUUCUCAGCUUUCUCUUUAAAUUCCCCUAAAUAGCGCCCCAUUUGGGAACAGAGCAAGAGUGUUGAACUAAAGACCAAAAUUCCCUCAAGGUGUAAAAUAAUCUGAGGGGAAUAUUUGCUGGGCGUCACGAAAGACUUGGAUGAAAUUUCAACCCUGAUGGUUUUCAGUGAUCCAGGAAGGCAGUGAGACAAUCUCUCCAUAUGCAUAGCCCUUUCAUGAUAAUUAGAAUGGUAUGGACAAACCAAUGAAAACAAGGGUAAAGUGAGAAAGAUCCCCCAUGAUUCUGUUUCACUGUUUGCUUUCUCCUGUCAUGGUUAAGAGAAAUGUGCAAUUUGAUCCUCAAUCAGUGGGUGGAGGAUAACAGGGUAGAAUUUACUUGUGUGCACUUGUACAGUUGUAGCCAAGAGUCCAAAAGUACACUAGAGCAUGUUAUACUGGCACUGAAUUGGUAAGAGAGUUGUGGAGUAUCCCAUUCUGACAAAUAAAAAAGAAAAAAAAAAAAAAAAAGAAAAGAAAAAAAAUACAAAAACCCAUAAAAACCCCACAAAAAAUCAAAAAGAAAGAAAAAACUUAAAAAAAAAAUUCAGAUCACCUUGUGAUUCAGUGUAACUGUUUACUAACUCGAAUAAAGCAAUUGUUCACUCUUGAGUGUUCAGAGUACACCUUUUCUAUAAGGCUGCUGUGGGGAAGAGAGGAGCAGUUUGCAGGAGCAGAGUCUGUGUCAGUGGUGUUGGGAGCAGGGCAGCAGAAUCAGUCAAACCAGAGCCUUGUAGUGAUGGUGCACUAUGAGCACUAUGUAUAUACUGUAUUUCUAUAUUUUCCUUUGUACAGAUUCACUUAAGUCAAGCUACUGUUUUACAGGUGCUCCUUAUUUAUUAGAGCUGUGAAAGCUUGGAAAUCACACCGGGCGAGUAAGCUCGCUUUUUAAAAAAACAAACAAACAAACAAACAAAAAAAAUCAACA